UGGCCGAGACUGCGUAAUUACGGCGAGUUUUCUUUGCCAUUGACACAACUGAAACAAUCCGAGCCGCACUUCGAGAUAACUUCGCUUUAAACGAAAUAUCUGCAAUCGAUCUAAUUGAAGAUGUUUUACACCUGUGGUCCCAAUGAGGCGAUGGUGGUCUCAGGAUGUGGCCGCUCUCCUCCUCUCAUGAUUGCUGGUGGACGAGUGUUUGUUUUUCCUUGCAUUCAGCAAAUCCAGAGGAUCACUCUCAAUACUCUGACUCUGAACGUGAAGAGUGACAAGGUCUACACCAGACACGGUGUACCGAUCUCAGUCACUGGCAUUGCCCAGGUGAAGAUCCAGGGUCAGAAUAAAGAAAUGCUGGCCGCCGCCUGUCAGAUGUUCAUGGGCAAGUCCGAGGGUGAGAUUGCUCAGAUUGCCCUGGAGACUCUUGAGGGACAUCAGAGAGCCAUUAUCGCCCACCUGACUGUGGAGGAGAUCUACCAGGACCGUAAAAAGUUCUCAGAGCAGGUCUUUAAGGUGGCUUCCUCUGACCUGGUCAACAUGGGGAUUGGUGUUGUCAGCUACACUCUCAAAGAUGUGCAUGAUGAUCAGGAUUAUCUAAGCUCUUUGGGUAAAGCUCGUACUGCUCAGGUGCAAAAAGAUGCUCGUAUCGGUGAAGCUCAGUUCAAGAGAGAUGCCGUCAUCAGGGAAGCUCACGCCAUGCAGGAGAAGAUCUCUGCUCAGUAUAAGAAUGAGAUCGAGAUGGCUAAAGCUCAGAGAGACUUUGAGCUGAAGAAAGCUGCCUAUGAUGUUGAGGUCAACACCAAGAAGGCCGAGUCUGAAAUGGCAUAUCAGCUUCAGGUGGCUAAAACCAAACAGCGUAUUGAGGAGGAGAAGAUGCAGGUUCAGGUUGUGGAGCGAACUCAGCAGAUUAUGCUUCAGGAGCAGGAGAUCACCCGCAGAGAGAAGGAACUGGAGGCCAAGAUCCGCAAACCAGCCGAGGCUGAGAGAUACCGCAUUGAGAAGCUCGCUGAGGCAGAACGGCUUCAGUUGAUCAUGGAGGCAGAAGCUGAGGCAGAGUCCAUAAGAAUGAAGGGAGAGGCCGAGGCCUUUGCACUGGAGGCGAAGGGUCGGGCUGAAGCUGAACAGAUGGCCAAGAAGGCAGAAGCUUUUAAAGGGUACAAAGAAGGAGCCAUGGUGGACAUGCUGCUGGAGAAACUACCACUGAUGGCAGAGGAGAUCAGCAAGCCUCUUUGUGCCGCCCAGAAGGUCACCAUGGUGUCGAGCGGUGGGUCAGAAGUGGGCGCCGCCAAGCUGACAGGAGAAGUUUUGGAUAUCAUGACCCGCCUGCCGAGCACUGUGGAGAAACUGACUGGAGUCAAUAUCUCACAGGCUGGUUUAACCCGCAUGGGCUAAUGAAGAUGAUGAUGAUGAUGAUGAUGAAGGAAGCGGCUCUGAUCCUGCAUCUCCGCUUUUCUCAUCUGUUAGCAUGUUUGCAUGCCUGUUCUCCUAUUGAAGCUGGAACAUUUGAGGUCAUGCUUUUCUAUUCCACCAGAUAUAACCUUCAGUUUUUAUAUUGUGUUUUGUGAAGUGCAUUAUUUUGUCAUACAGCAGUAUAAUGAUCAUUUAUAUGAAGUUAGGCUAACUACAUUGAAGAUUCAGGGAAGCAGGGCGGCUUUUUCCCUUUCGUUUUUAAAGUUUUCUGUAUUUCUAACUGUUAGAGCCACACUCCUGUUGAAACCGGUUCAGUUCCUCUCCAAACCAAAGUGCAUUUCAGACAAAUGCAGAUAUAUGGAUAUAUAUAUUCACCUCAAGUGCAUUACUGAAGCCAUACUCCACAUGCUUAACCUGCAUAUCUUAAACUGCAAUGUGAAGAUUUAUUCUUGCCAUUUUAUAACUGAAAAGUUUGCUUUAGGUGUCUUUUAAAAAUCAUUGUACAAUAAGACGUGAUCCUACAGUCUGUGAAGGAUUUUCCUGACACUACAACUAAAACUAACUGACGUUUGGACUUAUAUUGAAUUUUUUAUCUUUUUUUAAAUGGGCCCGUGUGUUUCAGCAAAGUUUAGUAAGUAGGGGUGUAUUGAGAAGUUUGUGAACUAAUGGAAAAAGAUGUGAAAACAGGUUUGGUUAUGAACGCAGCCCGCAAAAACCCACAGAAACUGAUAAGGAGUGAAGGUUGUUUCAUUUCUUUCUUCAUUUUCGAACAGUUGCAAAAAUGCAGUCUUCUAUCAUGUAAGAUGUUAGUUUUACCGUGCUGCUGUUUACUUCACACUAAAAUCUAAUUAAUGUUAGGUAAACCAAAAGUUCUUCAGUUUGUGCCUGCAAAAAAGUGCCUGUUUUACUUCCUCAUGGACUGAAACGGAGUUGAGCCUGCUUUUUUCUUUCUCUCUCGUGUUUCAAUAACUGCGGCAUGUCAUGUGAAACUUCUUGGCCUUAAUGACUAAUUGCCUUCAGCAUUUCGCUGUCAGUUUGCUUUCGUUACAGUAACUCCUCUUUUGCUGUCGUUUGUUACUCAACAGAUUAACUCCGUAUUGCCUUACUGUAUGUUCAUUAGUGAUGUAGAUGUUUUCACCUGUAUAUCCAGACUGAACGUAGAUUCAUACCUGUGAUUCUAUAAGUAUGUACCCUUUAAUAUGAACAAUAAACUGUUAGCAUGAGCUGUUCAUUUAAA